AUGAAUUGUGUUGUUCUGUUUGUUAUAGUAGUUGCUAUUGUAACUGUACUAGACCUUUAUGAAAAUAUUCCGAAAUUUUAUGCAAGAAAACUGGCUCACAUGUUUUGUGGCAUGAUCAUCUUGCUCUUUGAUAUGAGUAUACAUGAAGAAAAAAUAUCAACGUACUUAUGUGCUGACAGUUGUGUAAAUCAGAACAGCUACUGCGUUUAUUUCAUAUACAUAAUAGCAGUUACUUCGGUCUUAAGGUGUUUUUAUUAUCCUUUUAGGUUUGGUGCUUAUGCCGAUAAAGGAAUAAUAAUAUACAAUAUAAUUGUGUCUUUAUUUUUUUUUUUUAAAUUGCGCUUGUAUGUUUUAACGCCAAUAUUUUUUGCCGACCCAAUGGCAGCUAUAGUGGGAAGGAACUUCCCAACUUAUUCCAUUUAUAAGAAAAAAACACUACAGGGUACUCUUACUUGCUUCUUCGUAUCACUUAUAUCUCUGUACUACGUUGGUAACUACUUGCAUAUUUUAAUUUUAAGUUUAUCACUUUGUCUUAUGGAAUUGUUUGGGGGUACCUUCGACAAUUUUUUAAUGUGUUUUCCAUUAUUUAUAUACAUGAUGUUUUUUAAUGUGUAA